CACUAAAUCUUUUUGUCUCAAAGUUGACUUGUCGUAGUAGUCGAGUAAAAAAUAGUGUUGGAAUUUGUUCUGUACAUAUGAUUCUGAGAAAGCACAAGUGAGCUACUGCUUGUCUUCCUUAAUGGCAGAGAACAUUGCGAAAGAUGAAGCUGCAGAAGAAGUGGAAAUAUCUAAAGGCAGCUGGGCGCACGCCGCCUUCCACGUUGCCACCACCAUCGCCACCCCCGCCGCAUACGCUCCGCUCCCCUUCGCCGUCGCAUCUCUCGGCUGGCCGCUCGGGGUGAGCAGUUUAGUUGGAGGGACUCUCUGCACAUGGUAUUCAAGUCUACUCAUUGCUUCCCUUUGGAGAUGGGAUGGCAACAAACACACCACCUAUCGACAUCUUGCCAAAAGCAUUUAUGGAUCUUGGGGUUACUGGUCUAUUGCAUUUUUUCAGCAGGUGGCUUCUCUUGGAAACAACAUUGCCAUUCAAAUUGCUGCAGGAAGCAGCCUCAAGGCGGUAUACAAACACUAUGAUCCAGAUGGUGGCAUGACGCUGCAGCAUUUCAUCAUCUUCUUCGGGGCAUUCGAGCUUGCUCUCUCCCAGUUCCCAGACAUUCACUCACUCAGAUGGCUCAAUGCACUCUGCACUCUAAGCACCAUUGGCUUUGCCAGCACGGUCAUUGGGGUGACCGUGUAUAGUGGGAAGAAGGCAGACCGGAGCAUGAUCACGUAUAGUUUGCAAGGCAGCUCAUCGGAUAAGGUGUUUAGGCUCUUCAAUGCUCUAGGAGCAAUCGCCUUCUCGUUUGGAGAUGCAAUGCUCCCAGAAAUACAAAGCACGGUGAGGAACCCGGUGAAGACGAAUAUGUAUAAAGGUAUAUCAUCGGCAUACUCUAUCAUUGCUGUGACCUACUGGCAGAUUGCAUUUCUGGGCUUUUGGGCGUUUGGUGCAGAUGUUGAGCCUUAUAUUGUAGCUUCUCUCACGACGCCUAAGUGGACAGUCGUCGUGGCCAAUCUCUUUGCAGUCGUUCAAAUAUUGGGAUGCUUUCAGAUUUACUGCAGGCCAACAUAUGCAUAUUUUGAAGGGAGGGUGGCAUCUAGGAAGCCUAAGGCUAAGAAUAGCAAUCUCCGUGACUAUCUUUAUCGCCUUGUUUACACCUCUGCAUACAUUGCUCUCAUAACCCUUGUUUCCUCAGCCAUGCCCUUUUUUGGGGAUUUCGUUUCUAUAUGCGGAGCUGUUGGUUUUACACCGUUGGAUUUCGUCUUCCCCGUUGUAGCUUACAUGAAGGCUGGUAAGAUGCCGAGGAGCAGGAAACUUCGCCUCCCAUUGAUGCUCUUCAACACUGCUAUUGCUGCCUGGUUUUCAAUAGUUGCAGUGCUGGGUUGCGUAGGGGCAGUCAGAUUCAUCAUCCAAGAUACUAAGACAUACAGCUUCUUCCAUGAUAUGUGAUAACACACUUAGCAUGCACAGCUUAGUUUGUAGAUGGAUUUAUCAAUAGAAUUGUAUUGCCCAAGUUAUAUCUUCUUCGUGAUUCAGAUUUAUUGAUUAAGUUUCUUAUCUUCAUCUAA